AUGGCUCCUCCUCUCAAACUAUCCCAUGCACUCAAAAUCAUAUUCCUCCUCUCCUCCUUCCUCACACCAACCCUCUCACGUGACCUUGAGAUGAAAAGCACUUACAUCGUCCACGUGAUGAAAAACUCCCGCGAAGCCCUUUUUGACUCGACCAAAAGCUACCACACCUCGUUCGUUUCCGAAAAGUCCCUAAUCCACUCGUACGAGCACGCCAUGAGCGGCUUCUCGGCUUCCCUCACCGCGGACGAAGCCGAGUCCCUAAAGAAUCUCCCGGGCGUCAUCUCUGUACGCCUCGAAUGCACAUACCAUCCCCAGACGACCCAUUCCCCCACUUUCCUCGGCCUUACCCGACGAACCGGAGCCUGGAAGCAAACCAACCUUGGCGGGGAUACAGUCAUCGGCAUGGUCGACACCGGUAUCUUCCCGGGACACCCCUCGUUCAAGGGCGGCAAGAUGUCCAAACGGCUCCGCAAUUUUAAGGGCAACUGCCUGCCGAAGAGCCUCUGCAACUACAAGAUCGUCGGCGCCCGGGGCAUCAUCAAGGGCAACGCCUCCGCCUCUCCGCUCGACUUCGACGGCCACGGAACCCACACCGCCAGCACCGCCGCCGGAGCCUUCGUCGACGUUAACGACAGCGCCGCCGCCGGCGGGACGGCCUCCGGAGUGGCCCCGCAAGCCUACAUCGCCGCUUACAAAGUCUGCAAUUCCGUGGAGACUUGUAGGGAGAGCGACGUGUUGGCCGGGAUGGACAUCGCCGUCGAUGACGGCGUGGAUGUCCUUUCCGUACCGUUGGGCCCUCGCGGCAGCGGCAAAGGCGUCCCGUUUUACGCGAACGCCGUCGCGGUCGGCGCGUUUGCGGCGGCCGGGAACGGGAUUCUCGUGAGCCUCCCUGCGGGGAACAACGGACCUUCGGCCUCGACAGUGGACAACGACAUGCCGUGGGCUCUCACGGUCGCGGCAAGCACGAUCGACCGGAGGUUUCCGGCCCAGGUGCUACUGGGAAACGGGGUGGAGUUAGACGGGGAGUCCGUGUCCCAGUCAACAAACUUCUCUUCCCUGCCGCUCACCUACAUCGAUGGAGGUACGGGGGGGUACCUUGACCUCUCGGGGAUGAUUGUUCUGCUCGAAAUCGACUUGGACAACCCGGAUUUGCAAGCCGAUGACGUGAAAUCUGCCGGCGGUUCCGCCAUGAUAUUGAUCAACCCGGAAGAGGCCGGGGAUACACACAACUCGUAUCCACUACCGCUAUCCAUCCCGUCCACGUCGGUGUCUUAUUGGGCAGGUCAGGAAAUCAAGGCCUACAUAAAUUCUACGUCAUCCGCGAACGCGACCAUCUUGUUUGAGGGAACCACGUUCGGGGACCCGACGGCUCCCGCAGUCUCGUUUUUCUCGUCGAGGGGGCCCAGCAAGCAAGCUUCCGGGGUUUUGAAGCCCGACAUUUUGGCGCCGGGUGAGGACAUCAUAGCCGCCUGGUCUCCUUGGAGCCUAAAAUUUAAGGGGACCAUGUUCAGAAUCAUGUCGGGCACAUCAGUGUCGUGCGCCCACGCCAGCGCAGUUGCGGCCAUGAUCAAGAGCUUACACCCCGAGUGGUCGGCAGCGGCUGUGAAAUCUGCUAUGAUGACCACCGCCGACCUCGUCAACGACCACGGCGUACCGAUUCUCGACGAGAAACAAAGUCCGGCCAGUGCCUACGCAAUGGGGGCCGGCCAGCUGAACCCGAACAAGGCGAUGGAUCCCGGUCUGGUCUACGACAUUGCAAUGGAUGAGUACGUCCCGUUUUUGUGCGGCUUGGGAUACACGGAGGCCCAGGUCAUGAUGAUCACGCAGCUGCCGGCCAAUUGCUCCUUCAAAAUCCCUCAGGGACAACUCAACUCCCCCACGUUCGCGGUUUCACUCGACAGGCCCCACACUUUCUCCCGGACCCUCACCAACGUGAUCGACACCAGCUCGUGUUACUCUGCGCACAUAAUCAAGCCCCAGGGUGUGAUUGUUAACGUGAGGCCAAAGAGGAUGUGUUUCACGACCCGGAAUCAGAAGGCCACCUACUCCGUCACGUUUCAGCUCAGCAACAACAGGACCAGUUGGGGGAAAAGUGGAUCUGUUGCGCAGGGCUACUUGACCUGGGAUUCAGGAAAGCACACUGUUAGGAGUGUCAUAGCAGUCACCUUCCCUGGAGAAGGUUACUAA